AUGUCAAGAAGACGCCAACCGUCGACUGAAUAUGACAUUGAUGGUGGUAGACGAGCAUUCAUGACGAACAGUGCUGAAUUUGACAAUCCAUGGAUUGCUGCUGAAGCUGCUGCAGAACUGAUACGACAACAGUCGGCGAUGUGCUCGUUUACAGAAUCUGUAGAUGAUGAUUUACCACCAGCUCCAGAACUUCCACCAUCACUGGACAUCGAUUAUCAGUAUCCGGCUGAAUCUGAAAACAUCUCAAGUACCAUUCAAGAAAUGACAAAAAAAUUUAAUCAAGAAGUCAAACACGCCGAUUAUGACAAAUCCUUAGGGGCUACACAAAAAUAUCCUUUGGUAGUUUCUGGACCUGGAAAAGUUGAUGCCGAACAGGAGUUGCAUGAGAGUUUACUAGAAAAAACCAGUGAUAGUAGUCCAGAUACAGAUACUGAAAUACAACAACUGCACAGCGAAGAAGAACAUAAAAAAGUUCAAACCAAGAGUAGGACAACCAAUAACAUUCACGAUGAAUUAGUGCAUAAGUAUUCUGUAUCGGCAGUACAACGUCCACGGCCAACUACGCCAACAUCAUGGUGUGCAAUCGAAAACUAUGUGGAAGGUUGCAGCGCCAGCACUAGUACAGCCAACAAAUCUCCGUCAGAAUCUGGGCCAAAAAUGCGUGUUGUCAUUCCAUCAAAAGAUCAACCACAACAAGUGAAUCGGCGUCGGAAAUCGUCGAUGUCAUGGUGCGACUUUUAUGAAUCAAUGUCAUCGCAGCUUCCCGCACAAGUAGCUGCUGGUAUGUAUGACGAAGACAUUCUGGAGCAGAAUCCGUCUUAUCGGGAUAUAGCUCCGCCGAAACCAGUAGUACAUCGGCGGUCGUCAAGAGAAUGGGAAAAUUUUGAAGAAAAAUUAAGUAAGCCAACAUUAAAAAUUGCGCUAGUAGAGAAACUAAAUCGAUAG